AUGAUCGUUCGGUCUUGUGGCCCGUGCGCCCCCACAAUCAACGCCGCCGCUGCCGCCACCGACGGCCAAAUCCUUCGGCUCCUACAACAAGUCACCACUGUCACCUCCCCGAUUACGCAGCAGCACGGGGCCCACCACGACUGGCCAGCCCACUGCAAGGGCGCUGGCCGGCCGCUGGUUCGGUGGCUCCUCGGUGGACGGAGCAACUGCUUCCGGCUGCAAGCGUUCCGCGCCGCCAACUGGCCGGUUGACCACAUGCGAAGCGACGAGAUCGAGCAGCCCACCUUGAGCUCCAGGCACUUUACCGCCCGUUUCGUUAGAGCUUCCGCCCGCCAUGUACGAAGACUCGUGGUACAGCUUUGUGCCCGAAGUAUCGAGGAAGCCUGCUGCACCGGCUCACUCCCAAAGUCACCGACGAAAGGAGUCUCUUCUUCAGCAGCCAAAUGUUGGUGUUCCCUGCCUGCACACGUCCUCGUCGUCGAGCUGGUUGUGGUUCAUCAGAACAGCUUACAGCUAUCGCAGGGCGACGUCAAGGAAGAACGGACCGGACGGCUAGAAAAUGUUUUUGAAGAGCCAGAAGACUCCGAUACCCCUCCGGAGCCGACUGUAAUCCGCCGUGCCGCCUCAUACACAGACUUUUACCAUGUCUUUCGAGCGCAAUUGACAAAGGAUGGCCAACUGCGGCGCAAGAAAAAGCCGGACAAGAAGGACAAGGCGUGGGAAGUGUUGUUGUUGGCGGGAGGGGACGAACCCGAUCAGAAGUACUCGACACCCGAACCACUUGACCAGGCAUUUGAGAAGCGACUUUUGGAGGAAAGUCAACUGGAAUAUCUAUUGUAUUGUGAUCAGCUCACCCUGACGGAACGCCAUCUCGACGGUCUCAUCAGUGAUGCCGAUGCCGCCUUGACGCUCCUGACGUCUCUCUCGGACUCGUUCCAAUCAGUUGACGCGCAGACCACGACGUUUCAGGCCCGGUGUGAAGGUCUCCUCAAAGAGCAAAAACGUUUGGAGGCACUCGCGAACGAAGUGGGAACCGAUUUACACUAUUACCUGUACCUGGACACUGCAACUCGUCGGCUCAACGCUCCCGGCGCUAGUCGACUUGUCGACGGCGACGAAUUUGGCGAAAUAAUUGACACCAUAGACUCUUGUAUAGACUUUAUGAACCGCCACGAGACAUAUCGGGAACGCGACACGUACUUGGCACGAUACAGUGCGCUCCUCACCAAAGCCCUGCACCUGUUGGAUCAUGGCUUUUCCACUCGUCUGGACAAAUUGUCUUCAGAGAUCGCUCGUCAGAUUGUCGGGGCAACAUCGGACUCUGCUCGCCAUGCUUUGGCGUACGGUCGCUUUGCCGAGAUGAUCACGGACACGUACUCACUGCUGCCCAACGUACAGCGAGUUGUACGGCAUGCCUACGACCAGUACGGCAGAGCCUUGGAGUCCUCGACAGAGACUGCUGUUUAUGCUGAUUCAACCACAAACAUGUUCCGUACCUAUCUAAAUACGAGGGACCGAGAUUUGAAAGCAAUCACCCAACGCGAUUUGGAAGAGUAUCAAAAGGCAGUCAAAAGCCUCUCGGUCGAAACAGCAUCCCGCAACUAUAUUAAACAGCUUUUUGAGCGAAUUCAUCACGAGGACGCCUUGUUUUUGAAAAUCUUCGGCAUAGAACCAACGUGGAACACAGCAACAACAUCCGCUUUCCAAGCUCUCAAAGGAAUCAACACUGCAAUGGUCCACCCAUGCCACAUCGCACCACUAGGGAGCAACAUCCAAAGCGUUCUCCAAACAGCCAAGUUGGAAUCGGUGUGCAGCGUUGUAGGGUGGUUGGCAAAUGAAUACUCCGUCUCCGAGCAAGACGAAGAAGAGUCUCAGUCCGAACGAAAACACCGCGAGUAUGCCGCGAGAUUGCUCGUGGAUCAUCUCUGGCCAUUUACAGACAACGCCUUUGAUGCGGAGAUCACAAGGUCCAUUUCCAAAGCCACCCUGCACGACGGCGACUUGAAAAUCGGCCCAGUCGUGGACGGCGUUGCUUCGUCAAAUGCCUACCCGCUCGUCAAGAAAGCUGUCGAGCUGCUGUCCAAGUUUGACCAAGCAAUUCCCAAGGAACGCUCGUCCAAGAAUAGCGCUGUCGUGUUCAAAAUCGUCCGCGAGACCAUCCGAGUGCUCCAGCGAGCUGAGGCGAGAAUUCAGUCACUCAAGUCGAGCACGGAUCCUGAUCUAUUCAUGGUGAAGAAUCUUCUCAUCGUCAAGAACGAACUAGUUUCCCUCGAAAUAGGCGACAUCCGAAGUCACCCCCAAUCUAUGCAGCACUUUGGUCAGAUAUGGGACACGUUGAGCCCGGCAAACUGGCUAAGCUUCUUCGGCAGUAUCCUCGGAGGCUCGAUCUGGUCCAGAGGCACGCCAUCCGUAACAGCCAAAACGCUCACGGCGGAGGACAUGGGUGAGCAAUUGGACGAGCUGCUCCGGCAAUCAAUCUAUGCAUUCACGAAACGUUGGGCGACGCUGAUCAACGACUCGGCAAAUCGCAAACCCGGGGUCAAACCAAUCGCCAAGAUAGAGGCCGAGCUGGAGUCUAUUCUUGAUACAGCAUUCAGUAAUCAGCCCGAAGUGAUUGCCAAGCUCAAGGAGGCCAUUAAGCUCAAUGCGCAGGCGCAAAACGACGCAAAAGAUGAGAAACGAGGUGUGAAGCGGUAUUGA